CACAAUCGGAUCUCAUUCAUUCUGCUUUAUAGAUAUAUUUUGGGAGUUUGACAUGCUGAGUGCCGUACUGAAACAAGUGAAAAGUCACCCGGCUUUGAUUCCUCUCUUCAUCUUUAUCGGUGGUGGAGCGACCAUGUCUAUGCUUUACCUGGGCCGUAUCGCACUAAAGAACCCUGACUGCUCAUGGGAUCGCAAGAACAACCCAGAGCCUUGGAAUAAACUGGGGCCAAAUGACCAGUACAAGCUUUUCACGGUCAACAUGGACUACUCUAAACUGAAGAAGGACAGGCCUGAUUUCUGAGCAGAGCCCAGUGAAUCAGCUAGGUGUGUUAAACACUGCACGUCCUGCCCUGGAGGUCUAUUCAACACGUCUUCAAAUAGGCUUUCAAAUCUUAUCUGUGAAUGUAAAUGCCCAUUUUAAAUAAAGAAACUGAAAGUCUUA